CUGGAUAUCGGCAUCGGCCAUUAAAAAACGUAUAUCAAUCAACCUCUGAUUUCAAUGGUAUGGAAACAGCAUUGCAUUAUACAAACUUUUGUGAGCUGUAUUGUCUUUUUUCUGCAUUAAAGUGAAAGGGAUAUUUCACCCAAAAAUGAAAAUUCUUUCAUCAUUUACUUACCGUCAUGCCAUCCCAGAUGUAAAUGACUGUCUUCUGCAGAACACUAAUUACUAUUGUUAGAAAAAAACAUCUCAGCUCUGUAUGUCCAUACAGUGCAAUUUAAUGGUGGCCAGAAUGUCCAAAAAGCACAUAAAGGCAGAUUUGCAUUCUUUGUGCAUAUCACAACCUUCUUAGCAGGGAGGAAAAUUUAUAGUAAAAAAGGACUUAAAUAUUGAUCUGUUUCUCAACUACACUUAUCAUAUCUCUUCUGAAGAUAUGGGUUUAAACACUGGAGUCAUGUAGAUUACUUUUAUGCUGCCACUAUGUGCUUUUUGGACCUUCAAAGUUCUGACCACCAUUCACUUGCAUUGUAUGGACCUAAAGAGCUGAGAUAUUUUUCUAAACAUUUUCGUUAUUCAUACACAUCUGGUAUGACACGAGAGUAAAUUAUGAGAGAUUUCAUUUUUGGGUGAACUAUAUCUUUAAAUGUAUGUCAGCCCACUCUAUCUACAAAAUAUUUUUUGUUGUUGCUCCUAGAAGUACCCAGUCUUAUUUGGCAUGCCCACAGAACAUGCACAGACUGUCUGAUGCGUAUUGAACACAAACAUUGCAAGAGCUUUCUCAAAAUCAGCAUACUACAAUCUGAUUGGCUACACAAUUUCUGGGAGUAUGGGUGCACAGGUUUUUAUCAGUCUGAUGGAAAACAAACUCAUAAGUAGUCAGACAGACAUGAGCUGCAAGUAAAUAUAGCUGUGGUGAAGAAAUGUCUGGAUCAAGUUCACAUAUCUUAAGGUGUGACUUGAUGUGUAGCUUCAGGUUAAACAAUCAAAAAAGGCAGCUUUCUUUAUGGCAUUUGAAGUGUCACUCUGGUGAUUGGUGAGAUGGUAUUGUCAACAUGAGUAUGUCGUGCUUGUAUGUUGAACUGUAAAAUGUUGCAAGGUUGGUACAGUAUAACAAGACCCUGGAUGAUAUACAGUACUGAGCAAAAGUUUUAGGCACUUGUGAAAAAUGUUGCAUAGUGAGGAUGUCUUUAAAUAUAAUGACAUAAAUAGUUUUCAUUUAUCACUAAAUGUCAUACAAAGUCCAGUAAACAUAAAAAAAAGCUAAAUCAAUAUUCGGUGUGACCACCUUUGCCUUUAAAACAGCACCAAUUCUCCUAGGUACACCUGGACACAGUUUCUCUUGGUUGUUGGCAGAUAGGAUGUUCCAAGCUUUUUGGAGAAUUCACCACAGCUCUUCUGUCUAUUUAGGCUGUCUCAAUUGCUUCUGUCUCUUUAUGUAAUCUCAGACUGACAAGAUGUUCAGUGGGGGGCUUUGUAGGGGCCAUGGCAUCUGUUGCAGGGCUCCCUGUUCUUCUGUUCUAAUCUUUUCUAUUUGCAAAAGUAAUGUUUGGGAGUCUAACAUUUAUAUUUCCUAUUGACACACUAAAGCUGAAGAUAUAAAUAACGAUCUUAAGACAAGUGCUUUUGUGAAACACCUUAUGUGCUCUUAAGACUUUUGCACAGUACUACAAACUCAUUUUAAAGCCAUAAAAUCACAGGCCAUAGGCUUCCUCCACUUUUUAAUUUGUAGCUCACAUCAUUAAUCUAUGGAAAAUAAAUGGAUUCUGUGAAUUAAAAUGCAACCGCCAAGAAACAUAAGAUGAAUUAACACUUUCUUGCCUGCAUGUGACAGCGCUACAGGUCAUGAAAAAACGUUAAACUAAAUAGUAUAUAAAUAAACAGCAAUGGUGUUGACAUCAGAGUUGCUUUUGUGCUCAUUCCAUAGCUGUAUUGCAUUUUCAUUGCUUUCUUGUUCAGUACAUAACGAUAUCAUAUUAAACGUAUAGCUAGAUAGCAGCUAAUGAGACUCAUUACUGGUUUAUAUGACAGCAGGCCUAUGUAGCCGCUAGCCAGCAAAUACUUUCUAGCCAGCUUAUUUAAUGACUGUGAUUCAGUUAGUUAUGUUGUAUAACUUAUGUAUUAUAGUUAUGUGUAUAAUCCAUUUUUAGCGAGACCUAAUUCGAUCAUCUGGAAUGUAGAAUAUAGGCAAAACAUAGAAAAUUACUCAAAAGUUUAUCAUUGAUAUCUAAUUCCCCCCCCGGAUAAAUAUCGAUACCGUUUUAUUGCCCAGCCCUAGGUGACAUACCUAAAUACAGUCCAAAAGGGUCCAAACAUGAGAGACCACAUUAAAAAUCUGAAAUUCAAAAUCGAAUGUAAAUCUGGAAUAAAAGUUUUAGGAUGUACGAUUUGUGACAUUGAGCAUGUUUGCUCUUUUGUACGAAAAUUCCUUUGUUCCCUAAGUCCAAGAUGCUCUUUGGAAAAUUUUCACAUCAUGCUGGGAUAACAUUAACUUUUAUUCCAGAUCAUCAGUCCAUGCCAGCUUGAGUGCAUGUUAAAAUUAAAGCAAAAGAGGGACUUGACAUAAAUGCAUUCUGAUGUCAAUUUUGAAAUUCACCUUUUCAUUCAAAAAAAGCAAAAUAGAAGCAUUUUCACUAGUGGUCUCAGACUUUUGGAUCCCACAGUAUAUACAUUAUUUAUACACUUGCAGAUGCAUGCACUAAUUAUAUUAAAUCAGAUUUAGUCAUUUAGUUAUAUCACAAUGCAAAUAUUUUUAGUAUUUUACAGAGUUUGACUGCUCUUGAUGACUACAGAGUCUUGUUAAUUUGUCUUAUAAAAUGUGGCAUCUAUAACUGUGUUGUAGUGCGACCACUGAUAAAGUAGUUUAAUAUUAAACUCAAGUCUCAUGCAUUCUCUCUGUAAGUUCCAGUAGCCACUAUCACACGAUCAUUAUGUUAAAUUGACAUAUAGACAUUUCUGGUAUAAGCAUCACAUCUUAUUCACACAAUAUCACCACCAAAUUGCUGUUUAACUGAUGCCAUUUAUGGAAAUAAUCUUUCAAUUUAGUAUCCAAAUACUAGUUUGGCAAAUGGUGGGGCGCUUUUUAUUUAGAGCUGAUAAAUAAAUGGUUUUUCUCUACUGAAAACAUUUCUGAGACUGCCAAUGCAAAAAUUUUCAGCUUUGGUGCAUGUGCGCUUGUCAGCCAGGCUUCCCUCAAUAUUGUGCCUCAGUUUGCCAUUUCCAGUGUAAAAAUGAAAUUUAGUUAAGUGAUUAUGUUAAAUAUUGAUAAAUUGCAAUAAUGUAAUGAACCAACUUAAAGCAUGUGGAUGAUCUUAUAUGUCAGCCACCACCAAAAACCAUUUUUGACCCAGGAAAAACCUGCAAAUUCCACAGUGUUGUUUGGUUUUGCUGCAAUUCUGUGGAAGAUAUCUAUAAUUAUACAGUUGUGCAUGACCACACAAUUGCCUACAAUUAAUUGUGUCAACUCUUUUAGAACAUGGUAAUUGGCUCAAACAGUUUGACGGCAGACAUUGUACCCCACAGCGUCCUAACCUUGAACCAUAAAUGUUAAUAUAGUGUCAAUACAGCAGCUGUCAAUAUGUGACAGCUCCUAAAAUUUCACUGUCAGUGUUUUCCAACUGAACACAGAGUAGUGAUAGUGGGUCUUUAUCAUCACCUAAAGUGUGAACUCUUCACAUCCAUCCCCAUGUUGACAGUGAAAAAGCAACAUGUUUUUUUUGAAGGAGAGUUCAACCAAAAUUGAAUAUUUGUCAUAAUUUACACACCCUUAUGUCAUCCCAUAUUACUUUUUAUUACCCCAUUUACACCUGGUAUUAAGAUACCAUGGGUAUCUCAUAUGGGGUGAUCUGAUCACAUGUGGGCAGUAAAUGCUAAUAUGUCCUUUAUGCUUCCUGGCAGCAGUGAAGCUCCACCCCUCCCCUGUCAAUCAACCACUACUCUGAAACAAUAAUUGCCGGUUAUGAGCAGCUUUAAAAGGAAAUAACCAUCCAAUCUGAAAAUUUUAAGAAGUGGAUACAUUCACAAGAGGUCUUCACGGAUCUUCUUCAAUGUGUCUGAUAUCAACACAGAUGAGAAGCACAAACACCUGUAGCUUCUUUCAUACAGGUAAUACACUAAAAUAACGGAUAAUUCUGCUUGACAUAUUGCAUUUGUGCUUAGAUUAAAUUUCAGCCGCUUCUGGGUGAAACAGUGCACCCUUUUUUGCAUUUUCUUUGUCUUUUCUGACUUUGUUGUGCUUUAAUAUCAUACAGUAACACACUGACAUAGUGAUUGAUAAAUGUCGUCAGACCCUCUUCUCCAAAUCCGAACACAAGUGGUCACAGGAGAUGCAUUUAAUCGACCAGGUGUAAACAGCGAUGUGUCUUGCCUGACCAGAUGUAAACGGAUCACCAGAGACACAUCAUAAUACCAGGUGGAAACGGGGGCUAUAUUCUGUGGAACACAAAAUAAGUUAUUUUAACAAAUAUCUGAGUGAAGCUCAUUUACAGUGGCUUGUGUGUUCACGUGAGAACUUUAGUUACUUGGGUCACAAAAUGGCUUAUAUUUUGCAUUGUUUCUUACCAAAAUGUAUUGUAUACACUGUCAGAAAAAAGGGUACAGUCAGGGUACGUUUGUGAUCACAUAGGGUACAAUUUAUUUUGGUGUACCUUCAAUGGGUCAUAGUUACACCUUAAUGUACUAAUGUGUACCCUUUAGGGAUAGAUAAGGUACAAAUACAUUUUCAACCAACAAAGGGUCCUGGUCUGUGCCAUUUCCCCAAAUAGAGGUACAAAAUAGUGUGACCAAAUUAUUUGCUUCGGGGAUGGGGUGGUUCAAGGCUGCCAAACGCUGCAAGUGCGUGAAAUUCACUUUGUGCAUUCUCCUCAACAAUUCAAUGAACACACAAUUGCAAAUCACCCAAUACCAACAUAAAAUUAAAUGUUGUACAGUAAAAUAGGUAAUGUUCACUGGUCUGUGGCAUCCGCAAGAGGUGAAAAAAACACUUAAUCCAUGUCUGACCAUGUUUCUGGUUUUUAUAGUGUUUAUAUUUAGAGUGUCAAGAUGAUGGCUUUUAAUAUAAAACAAAUUCAUGAAAUUAAAUCCCUAACAGGUUUAGAAAAAUGCCCUUUUAAACCAUAUAAAAUAAACAAGAGCUGUUUAAUGGUCUGGGUUUUUUUCUUAAAAUAACAAUUUAAAUUUAUUUUAUCUUCAGUGAGGAGCACACAUUCUUAUAUUGUCUACUACUGUAUACAAACUAAACAAGAGCAACUGAGGAGCUGCACCAGGUUAUUUAUAUGACUUUAUUAAAAUUUGUCAAAUGUGAUUGCAUUGCCUCGCACUGUGCGUGGGAAUUUUGGGAUGGAACGGCGCUCCAUUCGCACUCAGGACACGAUGAAUCUCUGACUGAUUGUCGAAGGAUGAUCUUCUCCUCAAGUUAAAAGAAGCUGGAAUGCAAGUCACUGAAGAAGCAUAGAAAUUCAGAGGUACGUUUAACUUUAUGUGUUGUUAAAAUUAGCUGGUAUUUUGUCUAUUUGUCCAAUUUUUAUGUGCUUGUGGGCAGUAACGUUCACCUUUAGGCAGUCGUUAUCGGGGCCGUUGACGUGUUCGUGUGCUAACCAGAUUUGCCAUCCCGCCAAAAUCCAACUAAUUGUUUUCCUAUUUAAGCUUUGUAAGGAAUAAUAGAUGACGAACUGUCAGAUUAUUGACAAUUAAUGCACACCCCAUAGUGGUAAUUGCGUUGCGGCCGUUACACCUCAGGUUUGCACACAUUUUCAAUAAUUCGACGUUUGAGACACUCAUUCCGCUUAUACCAUAGUUACCACACAUCAAGACGUUUUUUUCUCAUGCUUUCUUUAUUAAAACUAUUUGUCCGUCGAACUGUUUCCUUGUGCCAUGUAUUCAGCAUCUUGUAAUGUAAACGAUACGUGUCAACUGGUGCAGAAACAUCCGUUGAACACUGAUCACCACUCCAGAGAGCUACUGCUUUAAGUGUUGUACAGUGAGUGUGUAUCAUCUAUGAUUGUUUUCAGUUCACGAGCAAUAAUAAUAUAAUCUUAAAUUACACAAUUGGAAAGAUGCCAGCUUUAAUUCUGAAUGCCCAACAAAUAAAAACAGUGUUAAUUUAUUACACUUUUGCUUACUCAGCCACAGUAUUAUUUCAAUGAAUGCAAGUAGUAUUAUCACAUUUCUUGCCUGAUAUACUUGACCAUGUUUAUAUGUGUUUCUCUGUUUGUGUUAGCAUACUUUGCACCAAUCCCUUAAGCACAAAUUCAGAGUAGAGCAUGUACCUAUGAUACUUGAGGAGGUGAGGAGUAAAGGAGAAAUUUGGGCACAGUCAUACAGUCUGAAGAAACUGCAAAGAGCCUGUCACAGAUCUGUGUAAGGGGUGAGUGGAUUUCUGUAGUAUAACACAUUAACUAGCUAACUAAACGCCGAAACAUACUUCACAAAUGCAGAUGCGAGCGCUUGUCCAACACAUGAUCCCGUUGUACAUAUGUACAUUACGUGCACUCUUGCGUUGCUCUGGCGGUUACAAACCUCAGACUAAAAGAGGGCAAUAGAUUUUUUAGGUGUGACCACGAAACCGGUGCUACAUCCGAAACCUGGAAAAUGCUGCAUUUGGAAUCAGUAUACGGAGGCAGGAUGAAAAUAAGCUGCUUUUCAAACUGUUUGAAGACCAGUUCCUUAAGAGUUCCAUUCAUUAAAAACAGCUGUCAGUUAAGCCAUUAACUGAUUAGGCAGCAUGUCAGCUGCCUACGUUUUCGGAUGCAGCCUGGAUGUGGUAGAUGAGUCGAUAGUUGAGGAGUGGGGAGAGACAUGGAGAAAAACAAGUUUGUUUGAAUGGACUGGGGACAAAAAAUUGUAUAUAUUUUUCGAAAAGAUUUAACUCAAAUUGCUGCCUGAGUCCGCCAUGACAGUUGUUGAUUGAAAGAAGAAAAUCCACUCUAGCGCCCCUAGCGGCAACACUGAGAAUGUAGCGUGUACUUGCGUUGUUAUGAAUUGGGUUCCGACACAUUUCACAACGCAACGAUGCGUGAAAUCGAGCUUGCGCUGCAAGGUGCGUUCACGUACUUGUGUAGAGUAUAUUUGGGCCUUAAGUGCACAAUAAUGUUUUUACAGGAAAUAUAUUUUAAGUCAUAAUUUUUAUUUGUAUAGCGCAUUUCACAAUAAAUAAAAAAAGCAGUGACAGCAGCGAUACUCUUCAUAUCUGAAGAGUAACAGAGUAUCUUUGUGUGGUUUUAAAAUUUAAGUUCAGAUGAGAAAAACUGUGUUUGUGCAUUUGUCUAAUGAACAAGUAUUUUUCUCUGCACUUUUUAUUUGGCUCCAACAGGAGUUUGCUUUCAUUGAUAAGGAUGCAUUUUCUAUUGAGGUGAUAUUCUAUUGCAUGUGGUGUUUGACAAGAUGCUACCAGGCACCUUGGUUAUUAAGGACAAGAUCGGAUGCAGCGAACUUUUUCAUGGCAGAGAAGGGAGAUAGAAUAUGAAAUGACUGUGGUGGGCAAAAACUCUCCAGUGUAAGUAAUAUCACAGAGAAUUUUAUGUCAAUUCUCAGCUUAAAGGGAUUGCUCACCCAAAAAUGAACAUUCUUUUAUUAUUUACUCAUGAUAUCCCAGGUGUGUAUGACUUUCUUUCUCCGCCAGGACACAUUUGAAGAAAUAUAUCUUAGCUCAGGUAGGUCCUUAAAAUGCAAGUGAAUGGAGAUUUCUCUUUUGAAGCUCCAAAAAUCACAGACAGUUUGUGUGCUUAUACUGGAUGUCUCAACCAAGUGGAGAACAUGAGAUUUCGUCUGUAUCAUAGCAACGCGAAUACGUCACAUGAGAGACCGCUUGGACUCCACCCUCUCGUGAACCUUACCCAGAGCGUUGGAUUUUAUUUAAAAAGUACUUAAAUGUUGAUCAUUUUUCGCAACAAAAGUGAUCGUAUCACUUUAGAAGACAUUAAUUGAACCGCUGGAGUCGAAUCGAUGACAUUUAUGUGGACUGACUGUGAUUUUUGGAGCUUCAAAAGAGAAAUCUCCAUUCACUUGCAUUUUAAGGACCUACUGAGCUGAAUUUUUUUUUUUUUCUUCAAAUGUGUUCUGCUGAAGAAAGAAAGUCACACACAUGGGAUAUCAUGAGGGUAAAUAAUGAGAGAAUUUUUGGGUGAACUAUCCCUUUAAAAUAUAUGUUUGAUUUCAGUGUAGCACCUGGAACAGUAGGUUAGAACUACAUUGUAAAGACAAGGGACACAGAAUUUUGUUGUCACUUGGGCAUUUUUAUAUUUUAUAUUGCUCAAAAGUUGUUGAAUUAUUUACCCAAGUAGGAAAAUUCUGUAAUUGUUAAAUCACCCUAAUGUCAUUUCAAACCCACAUAUGUUUUUCUUUGUAACACGAAAGGUGAAUUUCAAUUUUUUUUGCAGUGUUUAUUUGCCAUAAUGCAAGUGAAUAGUUUCUCUGGUCUGUCAAGCUUGAAAAAAAAAAAAAAAUAAAAUACCACAGUAAAAGUAUUUUAUAUUAAUUGUGCACUGUAUUCCAAAUCAUUAUUCAUCGACAAAUUAAAGCAAUAAAGCGCUGAAAACCUCACUGUGUUUGUGAUCAAACUUGAAAUAUAGUGUGUGUAGCAUUGAUUAAUUUUACUCUGGUUUUAUGUUUAAAAAAAAAAAAAAAAAGCUUUGAGUCACUAUCAACUUACAUGUUGGCCAAUAAACACUAUAAAGACUUCAAACAUUCAUCACUGUGUUUCAUAGAAGAAUAAGGUAUAUGGGUUUGGAGCGACAUAAAGGUGAGUUAGGACAUCAUUUUAAUUUUUGGGUGAACUAUUCCUCUUAAGACUUUAAAAACAAAUCGCAGUUAUGUUAUGAAAUUGACCAAAUCCAUUUAUCAACUGUCAGCUGAGGCCAGUUUAUCAUGGAGGGCUUCACCAGUAUUGUGCCAGAGGUCGUGAGCUUUCUCCAAUAAAAAUCCUGUUGGCCAAAAUCUAUAUUGAAGCAAAAGAGCAGAAACAUGCAGAAGAUCUACCAGUGUGACGCUGAUGCACCAUAUCCAACCAUUCACUUGGUAGAUACUGACUGGAAAAUGGCUUUCACGAGGAGGGUUCAAGCCCUGAUCAAAGUGGAUGGUGUGUUGGGAAAUAACAAUCGAAGAGGGGCAAAGAUGUGGGUGAAGAAUCAUUUGAAGACAUUCACUGUGUUUCAGAAGAGACUAUUAACUGAGAGAGAUGCAAGGGAGAUUGUCCUAAAAGCUCAGAUUUUAGCAGGAGGAAGAGGCAAAGGAGUGUUCGACAGCGGCCUGAAAGGAGGGGUGCAUUUAACAAAAGACCCUGCUGUUGUUGGCGACCUAGCCGGAAAAAUGCUCGGCUUCAAUCUGACCACCAAACAGACCCCUAAGGAAGGAGUCAAAGUAAACACGGUUAUGGUUGCUGAAGCUCUGGAUAUCUCCAGGGAAACAUACUUUGCCAUUCUGAUGGACCGUUCCUGUAACGGACCUGUGAUGGUGGGCAGCCCUCAGGGUGGAGUGGACAUAGAGGAAGUGGCUGCCACGACACCAGAACUCAUCUUCAAAGAAGUCAUAGAUAUAUUCGAGGGGGUUCGAGAUGACCAGGCGCUACGUAUGGCAGCUAAUUUGGGAUUCAAAGGACCAUUGGAGAGACAGGCUGCAGAUCAGAUUAAGCGACUCUAUGAUCUGUUCCUAAAAGUCGACGCCACUCAAGUCGAAGUCAAUCCUCUUGGAGAAACACCUGAGGGGCAAGUUGUUUGCUUUGAUGCUAAAAUCAACUUCGACGACAAUGCAGAGUUCAGACAGAAAGCUGUGUUCGCCAUGGACGACACUGCAGAGAGCGACCCCACGGAGACCGAGGCAGCCAAAUAUGACCUCAAGUACAUCGGACUGGAUGGAAACAUAGCUUGUUUUGUCAAUGGUGCCGGUCUUGCUAUGGCAACGUGUGACAUCAUCGACCUGCAUGGUGGAAAGCCUGCCAACUUCCUGGACCUGGGUGGAGGUGUAAAGGAGAACCAGGUGUACGUCGCCUUCAAACUUCUCACUGCUGAUCCCAAGGUAGAGGCCAUUUUGGUAAAUAUCUUUGGAGGUAUUGUUAACUGUGCCAUCAUUGCUAACGGGAUCACCAAGGCCUGCAGAGAACUGGAGCUCAAGGUACCACUGGUGGUUAGGCUUGAAGGGACUAACGUUCAGGAGGCAAAGCUUAUCCUUUCCGAGAGUGGGUUGCCCAUCACAACUGCCAGUGAUCUGGAUGAUGCAGCCAAGAAGGCUGUUGCCGCCAUUGCCAAGAAAUAAGUGCAUUGACAUAUACACAGACAUACAAAACAGACACACAACUGUACACAUGCAUCAAGACAGGCGUGGCCAGCAUCACCAUAUAGCCUUAUACACCUCAUUCAUUCACUCAUGCCUGGGUGAAAGCCACUUAUUUCAUCUGCCUUAUGAAAUAUACAUACAUACCAACCAAACCUAGUAACACUAGUGUCUUUCUCUUUAGAUGGUCUUGUAUUUGAUACCCUUUUCACAAGUUAUUUGAGUUAUUUUUAGGUGUUCUAAAAUAUAGAGCAAAUAAGUCGGGACACACAAAAGGGUUUGAAAUAUGGGAUUUAGGAAACAUGGGAAAUCUACUUACCUAAAUUUCACAGAUUUACAGUACAUACAUAUCUUUGUUUUAAUGCACCAAUUGAUAAAGCAUUGAUAAAUUAUAAAUAACUCUAUUAUUAUUAUUAUUAUUAUUAUUAUUAUUAAAUAAAACAUAUAUUCAAAAUAAUAUAUAUAUAUAUAUAUAUAUAUAUAUACAUACACACACACCGAUCAGCCACAACAUUAAAACUACCUGCAUAAUAUUGUGUAGGUCCCCCUCAUGCCACCAAAACAGCGCCGACCCAUAUCUCAGAAUAGCAUUCUGAGAUGAUAUUUGCAGUUACAGAUGAGAUCAGCAGUUACAGAAAUACUCAAACCAGCCCAUCUGGCACCAACAACCCAUAUUUGCAUGAUUUUAUGCACUGCACUGCUGCCACAAAAUUGGCUGAGUAGAUAAUCACAUGGAUGAUUGUUGGUGCCAAAUGGGCUGGUUUGAAUAUUUCUGUAACUGCUGAUCUCCUGGGAUUUUCACGCACAACUAGAGUUGUAGAGUUACUCAGAAUGGUGCCAAAAACAAAAAACAUCCAGUGAGCGGCAGUUCUGUGGAUGGAAAUGCCUUGUUGAUGAGAGAUGGCAUCUGAGAAUUGCCAGACUGGUUCGAACUGACAAAGUCUAUGGUAACUCAGAAAACCACUCUGUACAAUUUUAGUGAGAAGAAUAUAAUCUCAGAAUACUAUUCUGAGAUGUGGGUUGGCGCUGUUUUGGCGGCACGACGGAGACCUACACAAUAUUAGGCAGGUGGUUUUAAUGUUGUGGAUGAUCGGUGUGUGUGUGUG